UACCACUCGAAAAAUAAACCAUCAUGGAGCACAGACUGCAUCACAUGUUACUGUUGUCCAUCCUGCUGGUGAUUCAAGGUUUUGUUGGGCUGCAAGCUCAAGAGAAUGGUGAGGGCAAUGACACAUGGGCUGGGAAAACCUGCAAGUGUGAAUGCGAUGAUCCGUCGAGCAAGCUGCCUUCCAAAGGUUCUAGAUCAAACUGGGCACAGGAGAUGGACUGCAUGCCAGAGUGCCCUUACCAUAAACCUCUAGGUUUUGAGGCUGGAUCUGUGACUUCAGAUCAGAUCAGCUGCUCAAAUGAAGACCAGUACGCAGGGUGGUUCUCCUCCUGGACCGCAAACAAGGCGAGGCUCAACAGCCAAGGAUUUGGGUGUGCCUGGCUGUCUAAGUUCCAGGAUACAAACCAGUGGCUUCAAGUUGACCUGAAGGAAGUCAAAGUUGUUUCUGGUAUCCUGACCCAGGGCCGAUGUGACUCUGAUGAGUGGAUUACAAAGUACAGUGUGCAGUACUGCACCAAUGAGAAACUCAGCUGGAUCUACUACAAGGACCAGACAGGAAACAACAGAGUCUUCUAUGGAAACUCUGACCGCUCAUCCACAGUCCAGAACCUGCUGCGCCCACCUAUCAUAGCACGUUACAUCCGUAUAAUCCCGUUGGGCUGGCACACCCGCAUCGCCAUCCGCAUGGAGCUGUUACUUUGCAUGAGUAAAUGCACCUGAUCCGGUGUAUUCCACCCAACUAUUUCCUGUGCCGCUCCUUUCUUACCACAACAUGCCAAAGUAAACAACCCUGCCCAAUCACUGGGCUCACUCUUUUUAAAAUAACUUUUUAUUAUUCUCAAGAACCUCCUGAUAUUUUUCAAGAACGAAAUGAAAGUAAUUCGUUUUAAGUUUUUGAGUUACAUUCAUUUUGGGUUCGAAAUGUUUCCUUUUCUUAAGACAUGAAGUUAUGUUUUUGCGUCUUUUUGUAUUCAGUUUAAGGACAAAAAAUAUAUAAUAAGUUUGCUGCUUUAGCAAAUCAAAUACAGAAGGGAGCAUCCAUUGCAUGCAGAGGCCAGAGGAGGCCACUCUGUUUAUGUUUAUAGAUGCAACAGAUGCUUGCAGAUCUCAGGAGAAAGGGGUAGAUCUCGUGGAUGUGUACUGAAUGUUGUGUUGUUGUGUGUUCUGAUGUGGUUUGUAAUGGUGACGUAGGGUGCUGUAUCCCCUCUGUGGUGUCCAAUUCCUUUUUGUAUGUACUAUAACCCUACAUUGUUUAAUUGUGUUUGUGGCUCACCCGAGAAAUGCCCUUGA